GGCAGAUCGAGAGAGAGAACCAGCAACUUUACUCUGAGAACCCAGCCGGCUGAUCACACACGAGGCAGAAUGAAAUUCUUCCUCCUCGCCAUCGCUGCUGUGCAGAUCCUCCACUGCUCAGGAGUGCUAAGCACCAAGAAUGCCCUGAGGGCCUCAGUUGGAAAGCUGAAUGAAAUCACCGAGAUCAACAACCUGUGUGCUGUCAAUGGCAGAAGAGGAAAGAUUGUUUAUCGCACAGGCAAACUAUGGUACAACGUGGAUCUAGUAUUCUCAGUGAAAGAAACCGUAUGUUCCAAAAAUUCCGGACUGGAAUUUGAUGAUAGCUCCUGCCACUUCCGCUCCAGAAAGAAUGCUGCAAAAGGAAUCUGCAAAAGCAGUGUUGAAUACUUUGCUGGCAAGAUUGUCGACGUUGAUGUGGAGUGUCGAGGUUUGAGGACAAUCGACAGUCGUUCAUUGGAAUCUAAUGAGAACAGUAUUGAGAUGAGAGCCAGGAGAAUGCCUCUUCGACAAGUCUACAAACGCGUAAAGCAAGUCAAAAGAAUCGUUGGUUGAAGAAUCUUCAAAUGAGUCCAGGAUGAUUCAGGAGAGAAAAAAUAAACAUGAAUGAAAUGCCUGAAGGAUCAAGUCAACCAAACACAAGAAGACCUCGUUCAGAUUAUAGAAGAUUUUAUCAUUUGUACUUGUUCAUAUAUAAAGAGAGUUCUGGGGAUUCCUGACUGUACAUUUUAUUGUAACUGGAAGAUUCUGUAGAUUGUAAAUGUUCCAUCCUUCAGCUUGUAUUGUAAUCUAUUAUUAUGUGACAAAAAUUAAAAGUAAAAAGAAAAUA